AUGUGGCUCAUUGAAGGUGCAUUCGAUCAAGCAGGAAUCGUGAACUUGGAACAGAAGAAGCUCAAACUGCUAAAACCUGGCAGAAGUUAUCCGCUCGGCAGAAAGGGAAAACACCCUUUGCAACUAGUCCUCAGUCAUCCGAAAAUCUCAGGAGAACAUGUCAGUUUUGUCGUCGGGGAGAGUCCUGUAGACUCUGUCAAUCAUCGGAGCAAGGCGCUCCAAGUCAGCAGAACCACUGGUGGAUCCGUCUCGAGAUAUCUAUUGCAACCAAACUCUGAGGAUGUGGUCCAGGAUGGUGACUGUAUAGCUCUGGUUACCGGAAUAUACAUCAGUAUAUUUUGGAGGCCCGUCUGCUGCAUUUUGCCACCGAAGUCUCCACAGGUAGCAUUUCAGAGAUGCGCUUCUUUGAGUGUCAAGGUUGUUUCGACACCUCGCCCAGAAAUAACCCACCAUCUGACUCCAACGCUCAGCAUGACAACUCUUCUUGCGAUAUCUCUCCUCACGCGCGCUCAUGUUGUUCGACCUGAAUGGCUGAAUGAGCUACUCUACUUAGGUGGAACAACAUCUUCCGCUGAUGGACCCUCUGUCCUCGAAUCAGACUUUCGCCUACCUCCUGUAAAUCAAUAUGUUCCAAAAUAUGAUUCAACACUCCCAGCUUCACUGAAAAAUCCCUCGAUGUGGGAGCCAAAUGAACGACGCACCGGUAUGUUGAAGGGUUGGAGGCUGCUUUUUGUUGGAGAGAAAGGAAGAGAAGUGGACGCGGAAACUCGGGCUCUGGUCGAACGAGGUGGUGGAGAGUACGAGGUCUUUGAUGUCUCUGGUGGAUUAACUCGGUGGAGACAAGCGCUGUCAAGAACCAAGCGGAAAGCGGCAUCAGAGGGCGGAAGGGGACUGAGCGUGUUAGGGGAUCUUGAUAUAUUGCAGAUAUCAGCUGGCGAUUCUUGGAGCAGUAUGUUAGAAGAUUUGAAGAAAGCCGAGUUAUGCUUCGUUUCGCGAUCUCAAUUGCUAGAAGCGAUCUUCUUCAUCGACACCAAGCGUAUCGACUCGUCUCUUAUUGUUGCGACUGAAGUAGACUCUCCGCUACCUGACAUGGUUCCAAAUACGCACGAAGAAAUAUCACUGACUUCCGUGGCCUCUCAAAGUGCUGCUGCGUCAGGAUCAACGACACAUCACGGAACAAAUAAACUGGGCUCCCCAUCCCGUAGCACUGACUUCGAUGCUCACGCCGGAGAUCAAGAUGCGUCUGCGGGUGCAGGGCAUCCAGUGCCACCAGUAUCUGAACAAGAACCCGCAUCACGCGCAAGUGAGGAGCCCGAAGGUAUCCCUGGCAGACGUAAGCCGCUCGUGAGACGUGCUAGGACAAACGCAACGCAAAAUGCAAUUCUCGGUGUAGACGAUCCUUCCUAUGCUUCCUUCUCAGACUCUCAGACCCCUGCGCCUGAGGCGCGACAAGAUGCAGCCACUGCAAUUGCAACCGAGUCACAGGCGUUCGAGAAACCGCCAUCAUCUGGCACACAGGCUGGUCGUCCUGGUCGUUUGAAAAAGCGUGUACGGACUGAUAAAGACUAUAAUCCUAUCCUCGCGAGCCUUGAAGAAGAACUUGCGGCGGUAUCUGCUCCUCCAGCAGAACAACCACCGUUAAAACGUUUUAAAGCCCUCUUCGACGAGACGGAUCCAGACCGGGUGCCAUCUCAGAUGACGAAUGGCGCCAGUGGAGGAAUUCUGGACAGUCAGUUGUUCUCGCAAUCUGAAACGGGAACAGGGAAUGAAGUUCGAAAUGAGGUGGGGGUGCCGGUGCCGCCCUUGACCGUAAUACAUGAAGAGGGUGAAGCUGCAUCUAUGCAAGCGGAAGGAGCACAAGAGAACGGAGACGUGGAAAUGGGUGACUUGGAUACAGCACCGCCGUCCAGCCAGCCACGACAUAAGCCUACGUCAAAAAGCCAGCUUCCUGCAUCUCAAGUCCGCGCAGGACCCUUUGAUAGUACCCAGGUAGCAGGACGCGAGAAAUCGAAAGGUGGAGCAGCACCAGGCAAGCAUGAUACGGAUGCUGCAUUCCUUCAGGCCCUCGCAUCAACAAAGAAAGGUAAACGGCGUGAAGACGAUUUCGAUCGCGAGUUUAACAAUCUGCGGAUAUCAAAGCCAGAAGUGGGUCAGGACGCAGAAGCUGAGGAUUGGCAUGUGCUAGCAGAUUUCGGUGAUGAGUCUAAUAUAAGGGGGAAUUUCAUGAUCAUUGUUGAGAUGGAUGUGGAAGGUCGACGAAAAGAGUCGAGCGCGGAGACAAGCAGGGCACAAAGCAGAGGUCCGGACUUCAAGAAGUUCAAAAAGGCAACUCACUUACGCCCUUCCGUCGAAUUGGUCGCGGACGAUAAAAAUGAUUACGGUGUGGGGCCUGCCUAUUGGAAGGGCUCACAAAGCCAACCUCAAUCUCAAGGCGUCACACAGGGCGACACCACCUCCAUCACUCAACAAGGAUUCUUACAACCUAGCCAAGCCCAGAAUCGCGGCUUCCUGCAGGCCAAACCAGGUCCAUCCACUCAGACGAUGAAGCCGAGAAGUCAGAGCCAGGCUCGAACGCAGACCAGAGCAAUAAAGGCGGAGACGCAGGAAGGAGCCCGUCGAAGUAGGAAUCGACCACUGCAGGUAUUAAACGAAGGCGACGAAGACAACGAAGACGUGCAACCACGUGCAACAAGGCGUGCUGGCACCACGACCGGACGGAAAACGAGAAGUGGGAAGAGUCAACCGCUUUUCCUUAGCGAUGAAGAGGAUGAAGACGCUGUCGACGUAGAAAACGCUGACCAUGCAGAAGAUCGCGGCGAUGUCGAGUUGGACCUUGACCUAGACGACUCUGAGAUGUCCGACGAGGAGCCUCCCGGAACGGCUACGCUGCGUUCCGCAGCUGCAUCCACUACUGGAGCGACGAAAUCGAAAGCGGCAAAGUCGCCUACGAAACCGGGCUCGAAAUCGAAGAAACGCGGCGCGGCUCUUCUUGACGAUGAUUCGGAUACGGGCGUUGCGUUUAAGGGUUUCGGAGGGAGAAAGAAGACGAAAGCCAAAUGA